UGUCAUCGACGACGUGACAUAAAGUCGUAAUUUUAUGAAUGAAUUGAGUGCUUCAUCUCAUAAUGUUAUACAUAUUGUUGCUGAAGAGGUAAUAAGAAAAGUGUCUUAUUCACCGUCAAACAACGAACUUCUGAAAGCAAAGAUACUAGAAGAAUUGACCUGGCAACCUUGUAAAAUUGAGAUAAAUUACAAAUUUUGACAGUUAUGCUAACAUAACCUCAAAAUUAAUUAAUCAAUGAAAAAUUGUCGACAUAACAAGUAUUUUCCACAAAUUUGAGAUACAUCACAUCCAAAAUAUCUCGAAAUAGUGACAAAUAACUAGUGGACAAUGAUAGGAGGCAAAGUUGGACCGGCCCGAAAGUGUUUAUAGAAAAUGAAAUGGUAACACAAAAAGGAAAUGAAUUAUGAUCUCAGAUGGAUCAAGAUACCGCAUCUACAUCUAAUCCUAUGAAUCAAACAGAGAUGGACAAAUCCCUAAUAGUAUUUGUAAGACAAAACACAACCAUUUGGGAUAGAAAUUGUAAUACUUAUCCAAACAAACAUGUGAAGAGUCAACUGUGGGAUAGUAUAGCAGCUAGGCUGAAUUUGAAAACAAAUGCUUGUAUGUUGCGGUGGAAAGCAUUGAGAGAAAAAUAUAUUAGGCAAAGAGUCAAAUUUCAACAUGAAGGAGAAAAAUGGGAACUCCUUGAUGAGCUAAGUUUUUUAGAUAAAGUAAUACAAUACAGAAAAAAACAAAGUGACGAUACCCAUUACCAAAAAACGAAUUCCGAAAUUGUCCGAAAUAAUUCACCCCCAAGCAUGACCACGCAACAAGCCACAUCACACCUUCUGGAACGUAAAAACAACUUCUCACAAAUUACAUUGAAUUAUGAAACCGGAGAUGAAAGUUCAUUGAAUGAAUCAUCAAAUGACUUUGGAGUAAAGGAAGAAAGUACGGCUAUAGAAGUGGCUGACAGUUCUUGUUAUUCCAAUACUACAAGGAAACGAUUAUCUAGUACUCAUAGUGAGGCUGCAUCAGAAAAAAGAGAGAAAACAGAUGAUACUGUUCGGAAUCCCAAAUCACCUGAGGAUUUGUUUGGAGAUCUUGUGGCUGCCAUGUUAACCAGGAAACCUGAGAAAGACAGGAAUUUUUAUAUGAUCGAAAUCAUGAGAGUAUUAUCAAAGUGAUGAAUAUAUUUAUUACUUAUUUAUUUAUUCAUGUUUAUCAGAAUAAAAUAUAUUUUCAAAAGCAUGGUUCCAAUAAUAUCACUACUAAUUUUUUACAUGUUUUAUUCAAAAAGCGAUGACUGACUUAUCUGGAAAAAUAAGUUUUCAAAAAUAUUCGGAUACUGAUGAAAAAUGAGACAAGAAAUAAACAAAGUAACUUAAAUGAGAAAUAAAUAGUUCUGCAACAUCAAGUUUACUAUAAUAUCAAAAAUGUUGGAUUCACCACCAAAACUCACCAAGUCAUUUGUAAAACUAUUGAAUAAUUUGCAUAAAUUGAUAAUUCCGUCAAUUAUUGAAUUACCCAGAGAUGUUUCAUAAUUUUUCGGAAAUGAUUUUCAGGUUGAGUGAAAAAACAUCACUGUAUUUCAUUCAUUAUAGGAAAUGUUUGCCAUAUACAAGCAUAUUUAUCAUACGAUUUUUACGUUUAGAUUUAGUUUAUUUUAAUUUAUUUUAGUACUGCACUAGAGAAUAUCUAUAUUGAAACGAUUGUCAAUAUGUAGUCUCGUUUACUAAUAAAUAAAACGUUUCAUGUC